AUGUCAGCAUAUAAAAAGAAAAAUGAAAAUGACAUUUCAUCUUCAUCUUCUGGAUCUGAAGUUCCAGAUAAAAUGUCAAUUUACCAGGAUUGUUUGAAAACAUUCAACGAAUCUCCAAUUAGUCCUAAAAAAUGUCGUCUAUUACUAGCUAAAUUACUUAAUAUUUUGACUUUAGAAGGUUAUAAGAAAAGUUUUACUACUAGUGAAGCCACAACAUUAUUUUUUUCAGUUUCUAAAUUAUUUCAACACCAAAAUAAUGACAGUUUAAGACAAAUGGUUUAUCUAGUAAUUAAAGAGCUAUCUUCUAUUAGUGAAGACACUUUAAUGGUCACCUCUUCCAUUAUGAAAGAUAUUCAAAGUGGCGAUAAUUUGAUUAAGCCUAAUGCUGUCAGAACUUUAACUCGUGUUUUAGACGAAACCACUGCUUUUAGCGCAGAAAGAUUAUUUAAAAAUUGUAUCGUGUCACCCGAUUCUAGUGUUUGUUCAGCUUCUUUAGUUUCAUCUUACCACGUCUUGCCAAUAGCCGAAACUACUGUUAAAAGAUAUGGUACCGAAGCUAUGCAAGCUAUUUUUACCCCUAAAAAGGUAUCCACCUACAACAACAACAGCAGCAGCAGCAGUAGCAACAACAAUGGUGAUGAGGGUGGCUCGAAAUUCUACCCACAAUCUUCCUAUAUGUCUGAAUAUCAUGCUUUUGGGUUAACUUAUAAAUUGAAGAAUAAUGAUAAAAUUGCAUUGAUGAAAUUGAUCCAAAAUGAUUUCAACUCUUUGAAAAAUCAAUUUUUGAAAGUCGAAUGGAUUAAAGUCGUUGGUGAAUUAAUUUAUAAAGAUUCAAGCUUAUUUAGUAAUUUUGAACAGUUAUUAUACAACGGGCUAUACCAAAGUUAUGAGGCUGUUAAGUUGGAAAUUGCUAAAUUAAUCACCACGUUAAUCGUUGAUAAUAUUGCUCCAGUCAACGAUCAAUUAUUUGGUUCUGUUUUGGAAGUUUUGAAACAGUUUUUGGUUGUUCCACGGACUUCCACCAGAUUUGCCUCUGUCAGAUUAUUGAAUAAACUGGCUAUGGUUGCACCAACUAAAAUCAGUGUUUGUAAUCCUGAAUUGGAAAGUCUAAUCAAUGAUAAAAACAGGAACAUUUCCACUUUUGCUAUCACUACUUUGUUGAAAACAGGCAAUUCCUCAAACAUUGCAUCUUUGAUUUCCACCAUCAAUAAAUUUACACAUGACGUUAGCGAUGAUUUCAAAAUCAUUAUUGUUGACGCUAUCCGUACGUUGUCAAUUAAAUUUCCCAAUGAGUGGAAUGUUAUUUUACAAUUUUUGAUCGAUUCCUUAAAGAACAGCGAUGGUGGCAUCAAAUUUAAAAACAGUGUUGUGGAUUGUUUAAUCGAUUUGGUUCAAUUUGUUCCAAGCUCCAAAGAGUCUGCCCUGGAAAACUUGUGUGAUUUUAUUGAAGAUUGUGAAUAUAGCGAGGUUUUAGUUCGUGUUUUACAUAUUUUGGGUGAUUAUGGUCCAACCGCUUCCAAACCUUCUUUAUACGUUAGACAUAUCUAUAACAGAGUCACUUUAGAAAACUCCAUUAUUAGAUCAGCUGCUGUUGUUGCCUUGUCUAAAUUUGUUAUUAUCAACGGUGGCAACAAUGCUUCAGCAGACCCAACUUUGGCCAAGAACAUUAUUUCCUUGUUGGAAAACAUCAAGGAGAAUGAUGUUGAUGAUGAAGUUAGAGAUAGAAGUGCUGUUGCUUUAGAAUGUAUUAAAGAAAAUCAUCCUGAUUUGAUUAAGUCAUCCAAGACUUUUGAUUUGAGCGUUUUGGAAAGUAAAUUGACUCAAUAUGUUACAAAUCACGAAUUUGAUUCACCAUUUGACAUCUCUUCUGUUCCACAAUACAGUGAAGAUGAAAGAAGAGCUUUGGAAUUGAAACGUAAACAGGACGAAAUUAAUGAUAAAAACAGUGGCGAUUUUUCCUCUGCCGGCAAAAAAUCCAAAAAAACAGAUGCCUCCACUAAGAACAAUGGGUCAUUGGGUGCCUCUAGUUCCAACACUACUUUUGAACAGAGGGCAAAAAUUAUUCACGAGUACACCGAAAAAUUAUACGAGGCUUCCAUUAUUCCAUCAGAUGGUUCGUCUAAAUUUGGUAAAUUGUUGAACUCUUGUGGCCCUGUACCAUUAACUGAACCAGAAUCUGAAUUUGUUAUUUCUGCCAUCAAGCAUAUUUUUCAAAACUACAUUGUGCUACAAUAUAAUAUUGAAAAUACUUUAACGGAUUCUGCCGUGGAAAAUGUCCAAGUAGAAGUCAAUACGAACACAAAUAAAACCUCAAAUUUGGUAUUUGAUUCCUCAACUAUUAUUGAUCAAUUAAUGCCAGGUGCUAAUGAACAAUGUUAUGCUAUCUUUGAAAAAACCUCUGAAUCAAUUAAAGAGGAAGAAUUCAGUAAUAUCCUGACCUUUGUCACGAAGGAGAUUGAUCCAGCAACCCAACAACCAUUUGCUGGCGAUGAGGGAUUCGAUGAUGAAUAUGAAUUUGAUCCAUUGUUGUUGACUUGUGGUGAUUACUUACAGCCAUUAUUUACUGCUGACUUUAGACAAGAUUUAAGUAAAUUGUCCUUUGGAGAUAGUUGUGUUUAUAACAUCAAGGAAAAUAUUACCUUACAACAAGCCGUCGAUAAGAUCGUUUUGAAUACCAAUUGUCUGCCAUUAGAAAAUACCCAGUUUAUCAUGGAUGAAAGUGAAAAGCAUAUUUUGAAAUUGUUCGGUAAAAGUUGUUUGAAUGAUGAUAUUAAAAUCGGUAUUUUGAUUAAAAUGAUUAAGAGCAGUAAAGGUAUUGCUUUGAAGGCUGAGGCUAGAUCUAACGAUCAAGAAUUGUGUAGUGAUUUAGUUAACUCUUUGAUUUGA